AUGAAGAGUUCUUUUAGAAAGAGGGAUUGUCCAUUUUGUUAAAAAUUAAAAAGAUCAAAAAAUGUCAAACAUUUAUACGCAUAUUUAAUAAAUAGUGUAUCAUUCAUUAAAGAUUGAGAAGGCCUUGUACACUAAAUAUUCAUAAUAAAAAGUCAAAAAUUUUGAGGACUUUUUUUCAGCAAAACCAGUAAAGUGGAUCAUUGAUUUCAAAGAUAACUUACAUGUAAAGGAGAAUGAUGAAUAUUUAAAGAAGUAAUUCGAUUUAGUAAUAUGAUUAUAGUUAUUAUCCAAUUACAUAAUAAUCAAAUCAAUUUAAACAAUUAUUAGAAUAUUACAAAUAUCAUAAAGAUAUACCAAGAAUGUUUUUUGGAUUCUUAGCUGAUAUUGCUAAUUACUUUUAUGAGAAAAAAAAGUAAUAAUCCAAAUAAUAUAAUUAAUAGAAAAUAUGAAUAUAGAAGAAUCAAAAUUUAAUUAGGAAUUCCUUAUGAAUAAUCUAGUUUGAGUACAUGUAUAGUAUUUACUGUAAUAAUAGAAUAUGAAAAAUUAAAUGAAGAUGUCUAAAUGUUAAAUAGUAUAACAAAACUAAGUGAGAAAUCAGCAAAAUCCCUUUUAAAAUAAAUAAUUAAAUUCUAAAAGGAUGACGAUUAGAUUGUAAAUAGUUUUUAUUAUUAUUUUAGAAUAUUGAUGAAACAUGGCUUACUAUGUAAUAAUAAAUUUAAACCGAAAAAAAUAAUUAAAAACAAUUAACAAAACAACCAACUUAAAAUUUGAAAUUAUUAAAAUAAUUAGUCAUAAGAAACAAUUAAAUAAAUAAAGAUAAAUUUAAAUUAAAUUUACCAAUUCAUUUGAUGAAUGGAAAGAUUUUAGCUAACAUUAGAAAUUCCUAAAAAUAAUCUCCUGAACGUCCUCAUCCAACCUAAAAAUCAUCUUCAUAAUAACACAUAAAUAGUAGUUAAGAAGAAAUUGAAUUUUAAAAAUUAAUGAAAACUAAAAUAAUAAAAUUAUCUUAAGAUAAUAAAAUAAAAAUUCAAAGAAUAUUCUCGAAUAAAGUUGAUUAAAAUAAUAUAAAUAAUAAUUAAGCUAAACAUAGUAGUGCUCACUUUAUUACAAGUACUAGAAGUGUUUCAUCAGAAUAAUUAAAAACAGAAUAGAUGCGUUUAAGUUAAAUUAUUAAUACAGGUGGAAAAAAUUAAAGUUAACCUAAAUUAUUUAACUACAUUAAACCUGUUCAUAAGAAAUCUGCCUCUCAAUAAUUAUUAUAAACAGAAUACACACCAGCUAAGAGGGAUUCUAAACUAAUUAAAAUUUAUUCUAAUAAUUUUUGUAACAAAAUUAAAACUUAACCAAAAAAAACUCCAGAAAAAUUAAGGCAAUUUUAUAAAGCAAGUUCUUAAACAUCUCAAAAUAGUUCUUAAAAGAAUCUUAUGAAAAAUCUCGACAAACUUUCCUCUUUUUAACAAUUUAAAAUCAUGUUGGAGAGUCCUCAACCUAAAAAUAAAAAAAAAAUAUAAUUACAUAAUACAGAUACUAUUAGAUUAUAAACAGAAUAUAAAUAAAUAACAAAAAGACAAUCUAUUACAUUAACACAUAAUAAAAUUAAUGGCAAAAUAGUAAUGAAAAAAUAAUGA